AUGACGGUCAUAACGUCGUGCAACCGUUACUUCAGUGGCAUUGGCAAAGCUGCCAAACGUUUGAUCACUCUUCCAAAGCGUUCUGGCCGUCUAUUAGAAAAGCAAAAGAAAGAACCUUUAAAGCAUGAGCAGCAGCAGAAAAGGAAGCUUCGCGACAAAAAUGGGGUUCCUUUGUUACUCGAGGUCUGCAUCUCUUGGAUUGAGGGAGUCAGGGGACUUGAGCGUUCUACUCCUACAAAGCCUAGAGGUCUUCGGGGCAAUACGUCUAAGAGGUAUACUCAAAGUGAGCCAAAACCAGAUUGUGUGUCCAAAGAUCUAGAACUCGAGAAGCAAGAACAGAAGCUUCGGGAACCCGAAAAGCUCCCAGAAUACGAAUUAAAGACCAGGCAAGCAAAUUUUGGGGGUGAUAAGGCAGCUGUAUCCCCAUCAAUUGAAGCGAAAGCCUCAAUGGAUCAAGGGCACCAAAUGGGUUUGUCUAUUGUUUGUGCUUUGCCGGCAUCACAAUCAAGGACAAAUAUUAACUCAACGGCACGUAUGCCACUGAGAGGCUCAAUGUCCGCAUCUCCUGAAUCGAGGGAGUCAGGGGAGAUCCUAUUACGGAGUCUUAAGCAUUCUACUCCUAGAAAGCCUAGAAGAGGUCUUUGGAGGAGUACACCUAAGAGGUUCACUCAAAGUGAGCCAAAACCGGAUGGUAUGUCCGAAGGUCUAGAACUCGAGAUGCAAGAACAGCAGUUAGAAUAUGAAUUAAUGACCAAGCAAGCAUAUUUUGGAGGUGUGGAGGCAACUGUUUCACCUCUAUAA